AAGAAGACAGACGGCGUCGAGGAGAUAUCCAUCGAGAAUGCGCCCCCAGAGGCAGCAGGGAGCAAUACGUACACCGCGCACUGCCCCUCUCCCCAGGAGAUUCUCGCCCCGAUCCGCGUGGAUCGCGAGCUGAAUCUCUUCCGGGCUACGGUCACGCCCCUGCGCCUGAUCGUGCGGCCCGCGGUGGUCUGGGUGAUCUUCCUCUACGGGUGCGCCCUCAGCCCGCAGAUCACCCUCAUUUUCACCAUGUCUACCCUCCUCCAAGCGCCGCCAUACCUCUUCUCCGCCGUCUCCAUCGGCCUAAUGCAGCCCGCAGCGCUGGUCGGCUUCGGGCUGGUCUCCUUCGGGUCCGUGUUCACGCCCAACUUCGCCCUGGCCUACCUGACGCACCAGCACCAGCGCGAGGCGGCGCAAUGUCUGGUUCUGGUGAACGUGGUCAAGAACCUCGUCGCGUUUCUGUUUCUGUACGAGGCCGUGGUCUGGGUGCAGGGCCGGGGCUACCUGGAGGUGUAUCUGGUCAUGCGUGCCCUCGGCGUGGUCACGGUCGCGGGCGCGCUGCCGCUUUAUCUUUAUGAG